AUGAUGCGUGGUCUCUUACCUCAAUUCAUUUCCCGUCAAUACCGCGAUGGGCCAUUUGUGCUUAUGCUCACGGACCUUCACGCAAGUAAUAUCUUCGUUGAUGAAAAUUGGCAUAUUACAUCCUUGAUUAACUUGGAAUGGGCAUGUUCUUCUCCCAUUGAGUUACAAACACCGCCUUACUGGUUGAAUGGUCGGCCUAUUGACGAUAUUGAACACGGUGAACACCUCGAGGCUUUUCAAGAGGUCAUGGCUGAAUUCAUAGAUGCCUUUGAAGAACAGGAAAAAAGUAUGCAGACUCCCGAUGCUUCCCAGACCCAGAUCAUGCGGAAAUGCUGGGACAGAGGUAGCUUCUGGUACUUCCAGGCUGUCAAUAGCCCGAAAGGUCUCCUUCGGGUAUUCAAUGAGCAUAUCCAACGAAUGUUCUGUGAGGAGCAUUGCACCCAGCGAGUGUUUGAUCGGACUGUCAGUCCGUAUUGGUCUGUGGGGGCUAAAAAGUCCAUCCAAACGAAGGUGGAGCAAGAGGCCGAGUAUAAGGAUCGAAUGAGGAAGCGGUUUGGUGAAGUUGAUCAAAAAAGCUGA